ACUCUCUUGCAAAAGUGUGUCGCCCACUUUAGUCGUUGAAUUACCGUAGUUAGUUGGUGCGCGCGCGCGCGCGUGUGUGUGUCUGUGCGUCCGGGCGGAUGUUUGGAGCGGGAGCCCGGGUUGCACUGCCUUCACGGACCUUCUUCUUCUUGUUGGACUUCCAGCUCGGUGGUGACGGCCCCUCGGCGUCGGCACGGCGGCGGAGCGCGAUGGGGGGCUCACGGACGAGCGCGGCCAGCGAGCACAACAGCACUUUAGCGGCGUCCUAAGCGCCGCUCACCGGGGGACCGGUGACCGGGGCGACCGCCCGGGGCGAGCGCGGGGGCCGGUCGGGGCAGAGGCGUUGGAGGGGCCGCUCCCGUCCCGUCCCGUCCCGUUCCGUUCCGCCUCUACUCCACUUGCGCUUGUUGAGUCGGAUGGAGCGAGUCCCGCCGGCGGUGGCCGCCAAGAUGCGCUGCUUGACGCUGCUGCUGGCCGGCUUGAGCGUGUGGGCCAAGGUGGGCUUCUGCGUGGACUACGACGACCGCGACUACGAGUAUUACGACGAUGACAGGCCCGACACCAUCGACUACAAGGACCCGUGCAAAGCCGCUGCAUUCUGGGGCGACAUUGCCUUAGACGAGGAAGACCUCGAGAUGUUCCAAAUCGACAGGACCGUGGAUCUGACGCGCACCCUGCGAGGACACACGUCGGGUGGUCUGGAGGAACCCCGAGUAGCAAAAAAGAGAGCCUCCUUGUACCUGCUACUUGAGAGGAUACGAACUUUCGGUUUGGACUUUCUGCGGAAAACCCCCAGUCACAAAAGUCAAAGUGGCAAAAGCAUCAAAGCGGGAUACAAAAGCCGCUUCCCUCGAGCAGCCACCUCCCGAGCCGAGAGGAUCUGGCCCGGCGGGGUCAUUCCCUACGUCAUCGGCGGGAACUUCACGGGUAGUCAGCGGGCCAUGUUCAAGCAGGCCAUGCGGCACUGGGAGAAACAAACGUGCGUGUCUUUUAUCGAGAAAACCGAUGAGGAGAGCUACAUCGUGUUCACCUACAGACCAUGUGGGUGUUGCUCCUACGUGGGUCGCCGUGGCAACGGGCCCCAGGCCAUUUCCAUUGGCAAGAACUGCGACAAGUUUGGCAUCGUGGUGCACGAGUUGGGCCACGUCAUCGGAUUCUGGCACGAGCACACGCGGCCCGACCGCGACGACCACGUCACCAUCAUACGCGACAACAUCCAACCAGGUCAGGAGUACAACUUCCUGAAGAUGGAGCCAGGCGAGGUCAACUCUCUGGGCGAGCCGUACGACUUUGAUAGCAUCAUGCACUACGCCAGAAACACCUUCUCAAGGGGGAUGUUCCUUGACACCAUCCUUCCAUCCAGAGAUGAAAACGGCGUCCGGCCUGCCAUUGGCCAGCGGACUCGACUCAGUAAAGGAGACAUUGCACAGGCAAGGAAGCUCUAUAGAUGUCCAGCGUGCGGAGAGACCCUGCAAGAUUCCACAGGCAACUUUUCAUCUCCCGGUUACCCCAAUGGAUACCCUUCCUACACUCACUGCGUGUGGAGAAUAUCGGUUACGCCUGGAGAAAAGAUCGUGCUGAACUUCACCACCAUGGACCUGUACAAGAGCAGCCUGUGCUGGUACGACUACAUGGAGGUGCGCGACGGCUACUGGAGGAAAGCUCCUCUGCUGGGCAGGUUCUGUGGAGACAAACUUCCUGACGUCCUGACCUCCACCGACAGCAGAAUGUGGGUCGAAUUCCGGAGCAGCAGUAACUGGGUGGGGAAAGGCUUCUCUGCCGUUUAUGAAGCGAUCUGCGGCGGCGACAUCAUCAAAGACUCGGGACAGAUCCAGUCGCCCAACUACCCCGACGAUUACCGGCCCUCCAAAGAGUGCGUGUGGAGGAUCACCGUGUCCGAGGGAUUCAACGUGGGCCUUAGCUUUCAGGCCUUCGAGAUCGAGCGACACGACAGCUGCGCGUACGACUACCUGGAGGUGCGAGACGGGCCGCUUGAAACGAGCCCUCUGAUUGGCCGAUUCUGCGGCUACGACAAACCCGAGGACGUGCGCACGACCGCGCACACGCUCUGGAUGAAAUUUGUGUCCGACGGCACCGUCAACAAGGCGGGCUUCGCCGCUAACUUCUUCAAGGAGGAGGACGAGUGUUCCAAACCGGACAAUGGCGGCUGUGAGCAGAGAUGCGUCAACACGCUGGGAAGUUUCAAGUGCGCCUGCGAUCCGGGCUACGAACUAGCGCCGGACAAAAAGAGCUGCGAAGCGGCGUGCGGCGGUCUUCUGUCCAAGCUGAACGGCACCAUCAGCACGCCGGGCUGGCCCAAGGAGUACCCGCCCAACAAGAACUGCGUGUGGCACGUGGUGGCCCCCACGCAGUAUCGCAUCUCCAUGCAGUUUGAGGCCUUUGAGCUGGAGGGCAACGAGGUGUGCAAGUAUGACUACGUGGAGGUGCGCAGCGGCCUGUCGCCCGACUCCAAGUUGCACGGGAAAUACUGCGGCACCGAGGUCCCUGAAGUCAUCACGUCGCAGUAUAACAACAUGAGGAUCGAGUUCAAGUCGGACAACACCGUGUCCAAGAAAGGCUUCAAGGCGCAGUUCUUCUCAGACAAGGACGAGUGCAGCAAGGACAACGGCGGCUGCCAGCACGAGUGCGUCAACACGGUGGGCUCGUACGUGUGCCAGUGUCGCCACGGCUUCGUGCUGCACGAGAACAAGCACGACUGCAAGGAAGCCGAGUGCGAGCACAAGAUCCACAGCGCCAGCGGCAGCCUGAGCAGCCCCAACUGGCCCGAUAAGUACCCCAGCCGCAAGGAGUGCACCUGGGACAUCACGGCCACGCCGGGACACCGUGUCAGGAUCACGUUCAGCGAGUUCGAGAUUGAGCAGCACCAAGAGUGCGCCUACGAUCACCUGGAGGCCUUCGACGGCGACGGCGAGGCGGCGGCCAUCUUGGGGAGGUUAUGCGGCAAUAAAGUUCCCGAGCCGCUGGUGUCCACAGCCAACCGGAUGUACCUCAGAUUCAUCUCCGACGCCUCCGUACAACGGAAGGGCUUCCAGGCCACUCACGCUACCGAGUGCGGCGGCCGUCUGAAGGCGGAUGCCCGGCAGAAGAACUUGUACUCGCACGCCCAGUUCGGCGACAACAACUACCCGGGCCACAGCGACUGCGAGUGGCUGCUGACGGCCGAGCAGGGCUACGGCAUCGAGCUCAGCUUCGUCACCUUCGAGGUGGAAGAGGAGGCCGACUGCGGCUACGACUUCAUCGAACUCUACAACGGCUACGACGCAGACUCGCACAGGCUCGGACGAUUCUGCGGGUCGGGGCCCAGGGAAGGAAUCUACUCACCCAGCGACGCCUUGCUGAUCCGUUUCCAUAGUGAUGACACCAUCAGCAAGAAGGGCUUCCACAUCCGCUACUCCAGCACCAAGUUCCAGGAAAGCCUUCACGCCAGGAAAUGACCUCCCGAAAACCUUCUCGUCCCAUGGACGCCGACAUUGUUACCUCCCCCAAAAAGAACACCAGGCGUGGAAUUACGCAGUGAAUUCCAAACGUUUGUCACGGACGUCUAAGCUGCUCGUUGGAUGCGAGAAUGACAAAUUGCGGAUGAACUCAAGAACCUGCAAAAAUGGAACAUUCUUGGACUGUACAGACUAUUGAAAUUUUUUUUUUCCUAUUUACCGCUCCCAAAAUGGCUUCACGUGUUGUGUUGAUUGUAUGCGUGUGUGUGUGUUUGUGUGUGCCCACAGAGAGAAGAUAACAUGGGUAAAAAAAUAUAUAUCAGACCUCCAACAAGGCCAAACAAUCGUGGAGCUACUUGACUGGCGGUGCAGUUCCUUACCAGUCCAGAAGGUGGUGGUAACGCGCAGUAAAAUGGGUGCCAAGACUGCUGAAUCUUGUGGCUCACUUGCCCCACGUGGCUCCCAUGCAAACGGUCUCAAAAAAAGAAAUGACAUAACCAAAUAUAAUAGUUUCUCAAUUACCGUAUGUAUUUGUGCUUAAUCGUGUUAACUCACAGACGAAAUGCAAUGAAAUGUAGCAUUAUUCACACUUUAGAGGUAAAAAAAUGGACAAGAUAAACUCGUUUUUUUCGGUGGAUAUCAGAAAGGGAAUAUUCACGACGGGCAAGGAAAACGUUCCCAAUGGUGCUACAAGGACGGACACGACGGACAGCACGAGUCGUACUACAUUAUUGCCUUGUCAUUUUGUAGCUGCUCGCCAUUUAAACGCACGUUCUUUUCCUGCAUCGGUGUGUAAGGGAUGAUGUACAAAGCGUGUGGAUGUCAAAUGUUUUGAAAUGGAAGAACGACAAUUCGCCCUUACGUGCCAAGCUCGAGAACAUCCCCAACUCAUGUGUUUUAAGAUUAAGAGUCUGUGUCUGUGACGCCGACAAGUGCUACACGUCCUCCACAUUAUUAAAGUCCACAAAGGUUGAAAAGAUCGACAAAUGCAUGACUUACCUUUUUUUUGGCCGAGUGAGCCACGUCGAACCAAAAUGGUCGUCCUAAGGUAUCCGGUUAGUCACGGCCAAAAAGCCGAGAAAGGCACAAAAGUCAUGAAAAUAUCCUAAUGAAAUAUGUUAAAAGCGCAUUAAAUUGGUGUAUUAUUGUCACAACUAUCAUACACGUAAAGUGGAUAUUAAAAAAAUCGACAAGCCUUUUCAAAUGCCGGGUUGUUGUGAUUUGAAAAGAUGAGACCAAGAUUAAAACUUUUUCCCCACAAAAAAAAAAAACAGCUGAUGGGUUUAGUUAGAGGCACUUUAGAUGGUAAAUUUUAAAAAAUAAUUGUGUUGACUCCCAUUUAACAAGUUUGAAUGUACAGAGGUACAGGUCACAUUCAUGGUGGAAAGAUUUUGGUCUCAUUUUGUAAAUCACAAAGACCUAACAUUUGGACAUGGGUGUGUAGAAUUACACAAUAUAAAAUGACAGGAAUGAGAUAUCAGAAAAAAUGUCAAUUUUGCUGUGGUCUUUUCCAGAAAUGUCUAUAAGUAAAAAGAAUACUGUAUUAUUAUGUACAGGUAUUACAAUAUUAACUGUUUCUAAAAGUGAA